AUGUCCCUUAGAGAUGCUAUGACUGGCAGGGUCUUGGUGUGCAUUGUGGUUGUGUGUUUCUCUUCAUUCUUCCCAGGAAAGUACCCACUGAGAAGUUCGAUUCCAGUUGUGCACACCCCAUUACGGCUAGGAAUCGAACUGUGUUGUGCAUGUAUCCAAGCAUGGCAACUCCGUAGAGGAGAUGAACACUACACUAGUUUGACGGCUAGUUCUGCUCAAAUGGUAGCUGGUUUGAAUAGUCCAGAAACUGCUGGAGUGCCAGCUUUUGUUAGUCCUCACGGCAGUCCGGACCCUGACUCUAGUGCUCCUGCAGUCAGUCUGUACCCUAGUCUAGACCUUGACCCCAUCAAUCCGGACCCUAACUCUACUAGUCCUCAGUUCAGUCUAGACCCAGACCCAAGUACUCCUGUAGUCAGUCCUGUAGUCAUUCCAGACCCUGACUCUACUAGUCCUCGGCUCAAUCCUGAUCCUGAAUAUACUAGUCCUCUGGUCAGUUCGGAAUCGGACUCCAGUAGUCUUGUUGUCAGUCCAGACCCUGACUCUGGUAGUCCUGUUGUCAGUCCAGACCCUGACUCUGGUAGACCUGUUGUUAAUCCAGACCCUGACUCUGGUAGUCCUGUUGUCAGUCUGGACACUGGCUCCAGUAGUCCUUUGGGAAGUCAGGACCCUGACUCUGGUAGUCCUGUUGUCAGUCUGGACACUGGCUCCAGUAGUCCUUUGGGAAGUCAGGACCCUGACUCUGGUAGUCCUGGUCUCUGUCUGGACCUUGACUCUGGUAAUCCUGAUACUGACUCUAGAGAUCCUUGUGUUACAGAGGAAGUGGCAUUGAUUCCAAAAGCGGACUUAUACAUGGUUAAACUCCAUCACAUACCUUUUUACUGCCAUAGAUAUAUCCACUAA